UUGUGGUCCAUAGGCUUACUUGAAAUUUACCUGAGGUCGUAUUUUGGUCAAAGCUGGAUACGUUAGGGGCUUUUGUCGACGGUGAAACGUCUGGAAACGUGUUUUUAUGUAACUUUUUUAAUGACCUGUAGGCCUCGAGUCGCAACAAAGAAGAAGAGAAAGACGGAGCGGGAAGGUAGAGGUAACGGCGCUGAAAGGAAACAUUUCGUGAUUUAGGCUUCGGAAACAGUCGUCGGUUCUGCUUUAGUAAACUUGAAAGCAUUAUCUGUGUCGCUGUCGAAAUGUCGCUCAAAGUGCAGUUUCCUGCCAUUUUUUGGUGCGUAUCAGGUAUUUUGGCUUCAUACGCCCAAGAAUGUGGCCGACCAUCGAUACUGGAGAACAGGAUUGUGGGCGGGAUGGACGCCACGGAUGGGGCUUGGCCGUGGCAGGUGGAUGUCCAGACAUCCACUGGCGGUCAUAUCUGUGGAGGCUCCAUCAUCGCAGAGAACUGGGUCCUGUCGGCAGCUCAUUGUUUCCCCAAUCCGUCCGACGUGAGCUCUUACAUCAUCUACGCUGGCCGGUACCAGCUGAAUGGCUUCAACUCGCACCAGUCAACGCAUCGUGUGAGCCGGGUGGUGAUUCCGUACGGAUACGUCGAACCUCACGGCGGGAAGGACUUGGCGUUGGUGCAGCUGUCCAGCCCAGUAACCUGGUCAGAUUAUGUCCGUCCUGUCUGCCUGCCCGCCUCUGGCACCUUGUUCCCAGGUGGCAUGCUGUGCUAUGUCACCGGCUGGGGGAACAUCCGGGAUGACGUCCCUCUGCCAGGAGUUGGGACCCUGCAGGAAGUGCAGGUGCCAAUCAUCUCCCAGAGUUCAUGUCAGGAGAUGUACCGGACGGACCCGAUCGACCAGGUGGACAUCCUGUAUGACAUGAUCUGCGCUGGAUACCAGGAAGGCGGCAAGGACUCCUGCCAGGGUGAUUCAGGAGGGCCCCUUGUCUGCCAGAUGGUAAACGGGACGUGGGUGCAGGCUGGGGUAGUGAGUUUCGGACUGGGCUGUGCUCACGCAAACCAGCCAGGUGUGUAUGCCAGACUGACCAGCUACUCGAGUUUCAUCAGCAACACGGUACCAGAGAUCCGGCUGUAUGGCCGAGCUCAUCAGAGCUGGUGUGGGAGGACUGCCGUGUUGAUCAGCUGUCUGUCCACUCUGCUGGUCCUGCUUCAGAGAUAAGACACUUUGAAAACUGGAUUUCUGGAGGGUAGAAUGCAAACCAGCAACCAAAUGAAGGAGGUGAUCAAUUAUAUGUCCAACUGAAGUCCAAAGUCUUCCUGAAUAGAAAAACUAUGAAACUAUUCCUGACGUGCACAUGAAGCCAUAUUGAACAUGAAAUGUAAUAUAAUCUUUUAGAAUAGAACUCUGCAAUAUGAACUUGAUUCAAAGUAGUCUGGAUAGGUUUUGUAUUUUAAAUCAGAAUUAUGAGCUAAAUAAAUCAUGUGUUCUGUAUCUGAAAUAAAUUGUUAAUUUGAUUCUGAAAAUCAGGUCAGUGCUCAGUUCAACUUCUGAUAGCUGAGUUUGGAAAUGUGUAGAAUCAUGUUUAUAUGGACCAAAGCUUCAGUUGUCUUCAUUCAAAGCUUCCUUAAAUCUUUUAUAUCCACAACUAAUACACCUACUUACAACUGUAAAUACUAAAGUGGUUGCGUUUGAAACAACAAACCCAAACAAAUCUUGCCUUAUUUUAAGAACACAACACUUCAGAAAUGUCAUCCUUUGUUAUUUAAAACAUUACAGUUAUUUAAAAAUGCCCUUACUGAAAACCAACUUCAUCUCAUCUUAAAUUGAACACGCUCAUUUUACUGUAGUUCACUGAAUGUCUGGAGACAGAGAGAGGUGAUGACACAGUUUUCUUUAUUAUAAAGAAGGCCAGCAUGUCAUAACGGUAAAAAAGAGACUGCUUGCUAGUGCCUAUUAAAAAAAGCUAGCUUUUAAAUUAAUUUGUUAAGUCUUCAUUUGAAGUUCUCAUGCUAAAAUCAUUUAACAUUUACACAAAUCCAAGUGUUUUUCUUGAAACUCCAGGAGGGAAAGUCAGGCAUCAGGGGGAAUAGUAUCAGAGAGGAUCAUGGGGGAGCCGAGCUGCAACUCCUGCUGCAGUGACUCCAGAUCAGCUGGAGUCAUGCGGUGAACCUCGCUCCAAUCAGAUAAGAGGGAGGCCGAGAGGGGGGCCGAGUCGUAACUGAUGGAGGAGAAGGAAAAUACAGAAAGCAUCAAGGGCAGCUUUUUUUUUUUUUUUUUGAUCAUACAAAAACUUUGUUCUCAAACAGAACCGAGUGCCAACACUGAAAGUCCUUAAAACGUGUGUGCUAGUCUGCAGCCCGCUUAGCAUCCAAAGGCCUCCUCCACUCAAAUGUGUUUUGCUUCUUGUUUCGUCACUUGGAUGUUUGACCUUCACUGUGCAGAGUGAUGUAUGUACAGAGGCUUUCAUAGUCAUCUCCUGAAAAGGGAAGGUUUAUCUGAGCUCACCUGAAGUCUCAGGUAAAUCUGACUGUUGUACACAAACACUGAACACUUACUUCUCAGUGAAGUAUGCAGUUAGACUUUUGAAAAGGAUAUUUUUUUUAAUGAGGGAGGAGGAGUUGUAAUUUAUAAAAUAACUGAGCCACAUAUACAGUAUAUAUCACAUCUGGAGGGGAUCAGUUCACAUUUCAUCCAGCUGUUUUUCAGUGUGGCCAAAGAUCAGAAAACACUUUACACUUGCUGCUGAAUUAUACUGUAAUUGAAGACGACUCUGAGAUCCUGUUCCUGACCUGAGUUUAAUACAAAUCUGACACUGGCUUCCAUAUAAAAGCCUGAAUGUUGAUUCAUAUAAUAACUAUAGACCAUUAUGACCCUUGAAGAUAUUGAUGACUAAUCUCCUGGUGUUAGUUUGGCAUAUCUAACUGUAAAGAUUUGUUAACAUGAUUGUUGAGAAUGAUUUUACACUAAAAUAUGUUGCUAUGGAAAAUAGUAGUUCCUGCUUCCUGCUGGACACGUCAAAAAUAUUUCUGUCCUAUAUUACGAUGUCUUUGUUGAUACUGUUAAAACAAACAGAGCUGAAACAUUUAAUAAAGUAAAUACCAGAAAGUUAAUGCGCAACCAUUUUGACAAUUGAUUCAUGUUUUCAGUCUUUUUUUUUUUCAACUAUUUGAUGCCUUUAUGUGUCAAAUAUGAACAUAAACUGAACAUAAUUUGGUUUUGGACUUUUGGUCAGACUCAACAACACAUUUGAAUAUGUUUGGGUUUUGGGAAAUGCUGAUGGCCAUUUUUCACAUUUUAUAAGAAAAAUGCCUGCAAUUUGCAGAUUGAUAAUCAACAUAAUUAGUUGCAGCCCUGAAUAUUUGUGGCAUUACAAACAAAGUUUAAAUAUUUAAAUGGCCAUAGUUUAACUGGAAUAAAGUGCUUGCAGGUGUCUUGAUGGGGAAAAAAAGUGUCACUGCAUUUUGAACCUGGUUCAUGACUCUACAGUUGUUAUAUAUUUAUAAUCAUUUGUCUCACUCAGACCGCUGAAGCCUCAUGUUAACUGCAGCUGGACUUUAAGAAUUCAUAUUUACACAGGUGGAUAUUGUCCCACGUCUUCUGCAUUAAAAUUGCUAGAAGAAGGGAGCUCUUUGCGGAGGAACAAUUAUGGCUUUAAUGUGUACUUUAUAUAUCGGCACAGCAUGUGAGCAAUAAGGGAAAAAAAUGUGAGCCUAUCCUUUGAGUUUUCUUGUGCUGC